CGGCCGGAGUUGCCGGCCCCGGCUCAGCCAGCCGCCGUCGCCGCGUCCCUUCGCGGCCGCGCGUUCCAGGGAAGUUACGUGCGGGAGCCGGCUUCCGAGGCGACGCUGGGAGGCCGCGGGCGCUGCCGAAAGGCGAGCGAGCGGACGUGGCCGGGCUGAGAGCGCUGCAGGAGGCCGACGGGAGGCUCGCUCGGAAGGAGGCGCCGGCCGGGCGCGCCCCGCGGAGAGGACCCGGGCGGGGCGUCGCUUCCCGGACUUUUGUCCGAGUUGAAUCCCCUCCCCUGGGCCGGGCCUUUCCGGCCGCCCCCGCCCCCGCGCCGCUCGCGCCCGGGCGAUGUUUAUUCGGGCUGUGGCGUGAGGAGCGGGCGGGCCGGCGACGCGGAGUCUCGGGUCCGAGGAGCUUCGCGCCGCGCUGGAGAGAGACAAGAUGUCCGCCAGGGCCGCGGCCGCGAAGAACACAGCAAUGGAGGAAACAGCUAUAUGGGAACAACACACAGUGACGCUUCACAGGGCUCCUGGAUUCGGAUUUGGAAUUGCAAUAUCUGGUGGAAGAGAUAAUCCUCAUUUCCAGAGUGGGGAGACCUCGAUAGUGAUUUCCGACGUGCUGAAGGGAGGCCCAGCAGAAGGACAGCUGCAGGAAAAUGACCGGGUUGCAAUGGUUAAUGGAGUUUCAAUGGAUAAUGUUGAGCAUGCCUUUGCUGUUCAGCAACUCAGAAAAAGUGGGAAAAAUGCAAAAAUUACUAUUAGAAGAAAGAAGAAAGUUCAGAUACCAGUAAGUCGUCCUGAUCCUGAGCCAGUUUCUGACAAUGAAGAAGACAGUUAUGAGGAGGAAGUACAUGAGCCAAGAAGUAGCCGUGGUGGUGUGGUUAACAGAAGGAGUGAGAAAAGUUGGGCAAGGGAUAGGAGUGCAAGUAGAGAGCGGAGUUUGUCUCCGCGCUCGGACAGGCGCUCUGUGGCCUCCAGUCAGCCUGCCAAGCCCACCAGAGUCACGCUGGUGAAGUCUCGGAAAAAUGAAGAAUAUGGUCUUCGCUUGGCCAGCCAUAUAUUUGUAAAGGAAAUUUCACAAGAUAGUUUGGCAGCAAGAGAUGGCAAUAUUCAAGAAGGCGAUGUUGUAUUAAAGAUAAAUGGUACUGUCACUGAAAAUAUGUCACUGACAGAUGCAAAGACAUUGAUAGAAAGGUCUAAAGGCAAGUUAAAAAUGGUAGUUCAGAGAGAUGAGCGGGCGACCCUCUUGAACGUCCCUGACCUUUCUGACAGUAUCCAUUCUGCUAAUGCGUCUGAAAGAGAUGACAUUUCAGAAAUUCAGUCACUAGCUUCAGAUCAUUCCGGUCGCUCACAUGACAGGCCUCCCCGCCGCAGCCGAUCACGGUCUCCUGACCAGCGCUCGGAGCCCUCCGAUCUCUCCAGACACUCUCCGCAGCAGCCCAGCAGUGGCAGUCUUCGCAGCAGAGAGGAUGAAAGAGUGUCUAAGCCUGGGGCCAUUUCAACUCCUAUAAAACAUACAGACAAUCAUACCCCCAAAACAGUGGAAGAAGUUACAGUUGAAAGAAAUGACAAGCAAACACCACCUCUUCCAGAACCAAAACCUGUGUAUGCCCAAGUUGGACAACCAGAUGUGGAUUUACCUGUCAGUCCUUCUGAUGGUGUCCUACCUAAUUCAACUCACGAAGAUGGGAUUCUUCGGCCCAGCAUGAAAUUGGUAAAGUUCAGAAAAGGAGAUAGUGUGGGUUUGCGGCUAGCUGGUGGAAAUGAUGUUGGAAUAUUUGUAGCUGGUGUUCUAGAAGAUAGCCCGGCGGCCAAAGAAGGUUUAGAGGAAGGCGAUCAAAUUCUCAGGGUGAACAAUGUAGAUUUCACAAAUAUCAUAAGAGAAGAAGCUGUUCUUUUUCUGCUUGACCUCCCUAAAGGAGAAGAAGUGACCAUAUUGGCACAGAAGAAGAAGGAUGUUUAUCGUCGCAUUGUGGAAUCAGAUGUAGGAGAUUCUUUCUAUAUUCGAACCCACUUUGAAUAUGAAAAGGAAUCUCCCUAUGGACUCAGUUUCAACAAAGGAGAGGUGUUCCGUGUUGUAGAUACUUUGUACAACGGCAAACUGGGAUCUUGGCUUGCUAUUCGAAUCGGCAAAAACCAUAAGGAGGUAGAACGAGGCAUCAUCCCUAAUAAGAACAGAGCUGAACAGUUAGCCAGUGUUCAGUAUACACUUCCAAAAACAGCAGGAGGGGACCGUGCAGACUUCUGGAGGUUCCGAGGUCUUCGCAGCUCCAAGAGAAAUCUUCGAAAAAGUAGAGAAGAUUUGUCAGCACAGCCAGUUCAAACAAAGUUUCCAGCUUACGAAAGAGUUGUUCUUCGAGAAGCUGGAUUUCUGAGGCCUGUAACUAUCUUUGGACCAAUAGCUGAUGUUGCCAGAGAAAAGCUGGCCAGAGAAGAACCAGACAUAUAUCAGAUUGCAAAAAGUGAACCACGAGAUGCUGGAACUGACCAACGUAGCUCUGGCAUUAUUCGCCUUCAUACAAUAAAGCAAAUAAUAGAUCAAGACAAACAUGCUUUAUUAGAUGUAACACCAAAUGCAGUUGAUCGUCUUAAUUAUGCCCAGUGGUAUCCAAUUGUUGUAUUCCUUAACCCAGACUCUAAGCAAGGUGUGAAAACAAUGAGAAUGAGAUUAUGUCCAGAAUCUCGGAAAAGUGCUAGGAAACUGUAUGAACGAUCACAUAAGCUUCGUAAAAAUAAUCACCAUCUUUUUACAACUACAAUUAACUUAAAUUCAAUGAAUGAUGGUUGGUAUGGUGCACUGAAAGAAGCAAUUCAGCAACAACAGAAUCAGCUGGUAUGGGUUUCAGAGGGAAAGGCGGAUGGUGCUACAAGUGAUGACCUUGAUUUGCAUGAUGAUCGUCUGUCCUACCUGUCAGCCCCAGGUAGUGAAUACUCAAUGUAUAGCACGGACAGUAGACACACUUCUGACUAUGAAGACACAGAUACAGAAGGCGGGGCCUACACUGAUCAAGAACUAGAUGAAACUCUUAAUGAUGAGGUUGGGACUCCACCGGAGUCUGCCAUUACACGGUCCUCUGAGCCCGUAAGAGAGGACUCCACUGGGAUGCAUCAUGACAACCAAACAUAUCCUCCCUACUCACCACAAGCUCAGCCACAACCUAUUCAUAGAAUAGACUCCCCUGGAUUUAAGACAGCCUCUCAACAGAAAGCAGAAGCCUCAUCUCCAGUCCCUUACCUUUCGCCUGAAACAAACCCAGCAUCAUCAACCUCUGCAGUUAAUCAUACUGUAAAUUUAACUAAUGUCAGACUGGAGGAGCCCACCCCAGCUCCUUCCGCCUCUCACUCACCACAAGCUGAUUCUUUACGAGCACCAAGUGCUGAGGCAGCUCACAUAAUGCUAAGAGACCAAGAGCCAUCAUUGUCGUCGCAUGUAGAUCCAGCAAAGGCAUACAGAAAGGAUCCAUACCCUGAGGAAAUGAGACAAAAUCAUGUUUUAAAACAGCCAGCUGUUGGCCACCCAGGGCAGAGGCCAGACAGAGAGCCAAAUCUGGCCUAUGAGCCCCAGCUUCCAUAUGUGGAGAAACAACCCAGCAGAGACCUUGAGCAGCCCACAUACAGAUAUGACUCCUCAACCUAUACAGACCAGUUUUCUCGAAACUAUGACCAUCGCCUACGAUACGAAGAUCGAAUCCCUCCAUAUGAAGAACAGUGGUCAUAUUAUGAUGACAAACAGUCCUACCAGCCUCGGCCAUCCUUUGAUAGUCAGCACUCUAGAGACUUGGACUCCAGACCUCAUCCUGAGGAGUCCGCAGAGCGAGGGUACUUUCCACGUUUUGAAGAGCCAGCUUCUCUGUCUUACGAUAAUAGACCCCGCUAUGAACAACCACCUAGAACCUCCACCCUGCGACAUGAAGAGCAGUUAGCUUCUGGGUAUGACAUGCACAGCAGAUACAGACCAGAAGCGCAGCCUUAUCCUUCAGCAGGUCCCAAGUCAUCUGAACCCAAGCAGUAUUUUGAUCAGUACCCACGAAAUUAUGAGCAAGUACCAUCACAAGGAUUCACUUCCAAAGGAGGCCAUUACGAGGCUGUCCAUGGUGCUGCAGUUGUCGCUCCUCUGAUACCUUCCUCUCAACACAAGCCAGAGGUUCUGCCUCCAGCUACCAAACCAUUGCCUCCACCCCCUGCUCUCACUGAAGAAGAAGAGGAUCCAGCAAUGAAGCCACAGUCUGUGCUGACCAGAGUUAAGAUGUUUGAGAACAGAAGGUCUGCCUCAUUGGAGAACAAGAAGGAUAUGAACGACACCGCCGGCUUCAAGCCUCCAGAAGUAGCAUCGAAGCCUCCAAGUGCUGCCCUCACUGGUCCUAAGCCCACUCCUCAGAGUCAAUUCAGUGAACAUGACAAAACUCUGUACAGAAUCCCUGAACCUCAAAAGCCUCAGCCAAAGCCACCUGAAGAUAUCGUUCGUUCAAAUCAUUACGAUCCAGAGGAAGAUGAAGAGUAUUACCGAAAACAGCUCUCAUACUUUGACAGAAGAAGUCUUGAGAACAAGCCUCCCGCACACAUUCCUGCCGGGCACCUCUCAGAGCCUGCCAAACCAGUUCAUUCUCAGAGUCAACCAAAUUUUUCUAGUUAUUCUGCAAAGGGAAAACCUGAAGCUGAUGCUGGUGACAGAUCAUUUGGUGAAAAACGCUAUGACCCAGCCCAGGCCACGCCUCCCCCUCCUCCGUUGCCCUCACAGUAUACCCAGGUGGCUCAGCCGGUCGCCAGCUCUUCUGUCCACGUGCACGCCAAAGGAGCCCAUGGGGAAGGUAAUUCAGUCUCGUUGGAUUUUCAGAAUUCUUUAGUGUCAAAACCAGACCCACCUACAUCUCAGAGUAAGCCAGCAACUUUCAGACCACCAAACCGAGAAGACACUGCUCAGACUACUUUCUAUCCCCAGAAAAGCUUCCCAGAUAAAGCCCCAGUAGGAGCUGAACAGCCUCAGAAAGCCAUCGCUCCAGUAUACAACCGGUUCACACCAAAACCAUAUACAAGUUCUGCUCGACCGUUUGAACGCAAGUUUGAAAGUCCAAAAUUCAAUCACAAUCUUCUGCCAAGUGAAACUGUACAUAAUAAGCCUGACUUGUCCUCAAAAACCCCCACUUCUCCAAAAACUCUUAUGAAAGCACACAGUUCAGCACAACCCCCUGAGUUUGACAGUGGGGUUGAAACUUUCUCCAUCCAUGCAGACAAACCUAAGUAUCAAGUAAAUAGUGUCAGCGCAGUGCCUAAAGCUGUUCCCGUAAGUCCUUCAGCUGUGGAAGAAGAUGAAGAUGAAGAUGGUCAUACUGUGGUGGCCACAGCCCGGGGCAUAUUUAACAGCAAUGGUGGGGUAUUGAGUUCUAUAGAAACUGGUGUUAGUAUCAUUAUCCCCCAAGGAGCCAUUCCUGAAGGAAUUGAGCAGGAAAUCUAUUUCAAAGUCUGUCGAGACAACAGUAUCCUCCCACCUUUGGAUAAAGAGAAAGGUGAAACUCUGCUGAGUCCCCUGGUGAUGUGUGGGCCCCAUGGUCUCAAGUUCCUGAAGCCUGUGGAGCUGCGCUUGCCACACUGUGCGUCCAUGACUCCUGACGGUUGGUCUUUUGCUCUAAAAUCAUCCGACUCCUCGUCGGGUGAUCCUAAAACCUGGCAAAACAAGUGUCUUCCUGGAGAUCCAAAUUACCUUGUUGGAGCAAACUGUGUUUCUGUGCUGAUUGACCACUUUUAACUUUAAAAUAUAGGAACUUGAUUAAAUAAUGUGAAGCUGGAUUGAACUUGCUGAAUCUAAAUGGAACCACUCUGUCAAGUAUUACACUUCUCUUAGAAUCGCUACUGCAGUGUGUUAGUAUUAAGCCUUCGUUGGCACUGAUGAAGAUCAGUGAGCAUGCCUGUGACCCACGGUAGAAAACAUGCUGCGAACUGCGCGUUGGUGAUUGACGACCUAUGGGUGUUGGCUAGAAGUUCAAAGAUACUUUGCUUUGUAAUGAUUUUUGUACUUUUUAUGGUGACUGCUUAACUUCACAUACUGAUUUCCGUUAAAAGACCAGCCAGUAAAUGGGGAUGCAUUUGAGUUCUGUUCUUUCCAAAAUACACUGUUUCAAACUUUAUAAUGUCCCUGACCUAGCAUACACACUUUAUUUUAUUUUAUUUUAUUCUCUUUUAUUUUGCAUGAGGUAAUAUGCACACAUUUUUAAAAAAAUGCACCUGGAUUAUAUAACCAGUAUAAUGGAUUUAACAGAUAUGUACAGGAGGGAACUUAACGACUCUGGGGAGGGUGUAGGUCGAAUGAAGACAGUUGCUCAUUGUAGAUGAAAACACGUUCUUCGUAGGGAAGGACACCAAAGCAUGUGAAGCUGGUUCCAUGGCUUCUUUGGACCUAUAAAUUAACCGUAUCACCACAGACCUACUGACCAGCAGGAAUGCCUUAUCCCUGUAUUUUUAAUUCUUAGCUCAUUCUCGCUGUGCGCUACUACUAAGCUUCUAUGGUGUGUGUGUACAUCAGAUAAUGUAUCAUGAAAAAAGAUUGAGUAGAUUGUGGAUGUGGUGGUUUCAGAAAUGUGAAAUCACCCAGGAGAAAAUAAUAGUGUAAUGUAUGGAUUUCUUUUCCUUCUUUUCUUUUUCUUUCUUUCUUUCAUUCCUUUCUUAAAUUUCUGACAAGAGGCAGUGGUGGUUUUCUGUUCUUUUUGGCUAUGCAUUUGAAAACUUCAAUGUUUUAAGGUUGCUUGUAAAUAAUUGCGUGCAUACCAUUUUUGUUCUUGGUUUGUAAAUUAACUUUUAUAAACUUUACCGUUUUUAUACAUAAACAAAACCAAGUUUCUAAAGGCUACCUUUGUAUUCUCUCCUGUACCUCUUGAGCCUUGAACUUUGACCUCUGCAGCAAUAAAGCAGCAUUUCUAUGACACACAAGGUCAUUUUUUUAAAGAAAAAGAAUGCACAGAGUUGUUACAUUUUUAAGUGCUGCAUUUAAAAAAUGCAGUUACUCAGAAUUCUCUAGUUUGAUUAAAUUCUUGCAAAGUAUCCCUAAUGUAAUUUGAAAUACAAUGCUGUGCCCUAAAGUGUAUUUUUUUACUAAUAGACAAUUUAUUAUGGCACAUCAGCACAAUUUCUGUUUAGAUAAUACACCACUACAUUCUGUUAAUCAUUAGGUGUGACUGAAUUUCUUUUGCAGUUAUUAAAAAUCUCAUAUUUCUAAAUCUACAGAAUAAAACUUUUUAAAAUAAA